GUUUCACUUUUGCAAUUCAUGUCGAGAGACGUGGUUGUAGACAUCCUUCGACCUGAUGAUGUGCUAAGUGGCUCGAUAUUCGGAUCGUUGGAAAACAACUUACUGUUAUUCCUUGGCGAGUAUGGAAGAAGAGCUUAGCGAUCGGUACAAAAAGAAGUUGUGGAUGGUAAGAAAUUGUGAUGUGUACAAUGACGAAUACAAGGACUGCAAAAGUAUUAAAGCAAGGUUCCACCAACAAUUUGUGUACGGUUCAUUUGUCGACUGUUCCCAGUGGAAAAGGGAUUAUAACAACUGUGAAAAAUGGAAUACCAAAAAAAACAAAAAAGCUGUAGAAGAGUUAAUCGAGAGUGAAGUAGCUAGAAGAAAAGAGCGUUUAGAUGCUCAUUUUAACAAUGAUAUUUGGGAAAGAAGAGAUAAUCCGCCAGCAGAGUGGAAUGACCCUCUGCCUGAGAGGUUCAAGAAUAGGGUGGAAAAGUCCUAUCUCGCACUCAAAAGUAAAGAAAUGAAAGAAGGCGUGACACCUGAAAGGACGUUCUGUGUUAUUUCUUAGCAAUUAUAUGUGAAUUAUACACAAAAGUUAGUUAUUAAAUUUUAGGAUUUCGCUCAGUUUUAAAAUUAUAUACUAUUAAAAAUUUGAUUUCUGUUUAUUCAACAUGGAUUGUUAUAAAACAAGACUAAUAAUGUU